CCACGGCGCCCGCCACGCGCGAGCAGCCCGCCGCGGGCCCGGGGGUGGUGGCGGGGCGCGGGCCGAAGGCAGCCCCGAGGCCGCCGCCGCCGCUGCCCGCCGUGGACUUCGGCAACACGCAGGAAGCCUACCGCAGCCGGCGCAGCUGGGAGCUGGCGCGCAGCCUGCUGGUGCUCCGUCUGUGCGCCUCGCCCGCGCUGCUGGCGCGCCACGAGCAGCUGCUUCACCUGGCCAGGAAACUUCUGGGACAAAAGCUCUUCGACAGACUGAUGAAGAUGACCUUCUACGGGCAGUUUGUGGCAGGUGAAGACCAGGAAUCCAUCCGGCCCCUGAUCCGGCACAACCAGGCCUUCGGUGUAGGCUCCAUCUUGGACUAUGGGGUGGAAGAGGACCUGAGCUCGGAGGAGGCAGAGCGGCAGGAGCUGGAGUCCUCUAGCUCGGUUGUGGAGAAGGAGGGCAGUGGCACCAGUAAGCGGGAGAAGCAGUACCAGGCCCACCGCGCCUUCGGGGACCGCCGCGAGGGUGUCAUCAGCGCCCGCACCUACUUCUACGCCAAUGAAGCCAAGUGCGAUGGCCAUAUGGAGACAUUCCUGCGUUGCAUCGAGGCUUCAGGCGGAGCCAGUGAUGAUGGUUUCUCAGCCAUUAAGCUCACAGCUUUGGGGAGGCCUCAGUUUCUGCUUCAGUUCUCCGAUGUGCUGACCAAGUGGAGACGGUUCUUUCAUCAAAUGGCUGCCGAGCAGGGCAAGGCGGGGUUGGCCGCCAAGGACACGAGGCUGGAGGUGGCAGCACUGCAGGAAAGUGUGGUGAAGAUGGGCAUUGCCUCCAGGGCAGAGAUCGAGAACUGGUUCACAGUGGAGACUCUCGGCGUGUCGGGCACCUUGGACUUGUUGGACUGGAGCAGCCUCAUUGACAGCAGGACCGAACUCUCCAAGCACCUGGUGGUUCCCAACAUGCAGACAGGCCAGCUGGAGCCUCUGCUGUCUCGCUUCACGGAGGAGGAGGAAAAGCAGAUGACACGGAUGUUGCAGAGGAUGGACGUCCUGGCUAAGAAAGCCACCGAGGUGGGCGUGCGACUGAUGGUGGACGCGGAGCAGACGUACUUCCAGCCGGCCAUCAGCCGCCUGACGCUGGAGAUGCAGCGGAAGUUCAACAAGGCCAAACCGCUCAUCUUCAACACAUACCAGUGCUACCUCAAGGAAGCCUACGACAACAUCACCCUGGACUUGGAGCUGGCGCGCCGUGAGGGCUGGUGUUUUGGGGCCAAGCUGGUUCGAGGAGCGUACAUGGCUCAGGAACGUGCCCGCGCUGCAGAGAUUGGCUACGAGGACCCCAUUAACCCUACAUACGAAGCCACCAAUGCCAUGUAUCACAGGUGCCUCAAUUACAUCCUGGAGGAGGUGCAGCACAGUACCAGAGCCAAGGUGAUGGUGGCUUCUCACAACGAGGACACAGUGCGCUUCACGCUGCGCAGGAUGGAGGAACUAGGCCUGCACCCCACGGAUCGCCAGGUAUACUUUGGACAGCUACUGGGCAUGUGUGACCAGAUCAGCUUCCCACUGGGCCAGGCCGGCUUCCCCGUGUACAAGUACGUGCCUUACGGCCCCGUGAUGGAGGUGCUACCCUACCUAUCGCGCCGAGCACAAGAGAACAGCGGCCUCAUGAAGGGUGCCCAGCGGGAGCGGCAAUUGCUGUGGCAGGAGCUCAUGCGGAGGGUCCGCACUGGUGACCUCUUCCACCAACCGGCCUAGGGCGCCUCUGUGCGCCCCCAUCAUUAGGCUCGCCUACCUUGGGCUGUGGCCUCCCAGAACCCGGGGUCCCUAGGCUGAUGCCACAUCAUAAGCCACCCCC